CCAUUCGCCAUUAGUAUAACUUUAAGCUCAUUUUGGGGCGAUGUUAAAUAAGCAAUUAAAAUGCAAUCAAUUGUGAACAUAACUACGAUACUUUUCUACAUCGGAGCAUUAUUAUGCGGUGGAUACGCUGCACGUAUUGCAGGGCCGAAUAAUUUAGAGCAUUUAACCGGGAAUGGUUCGAAACUCUUGGGUGCACAUUCCUUGGCUAAUCCUGAGUUUGAAGUUUCGACAACCUGUGGCGACGUACUAACUGGUAGUCAUGGUCGAAUCGAGUACACAUCUGGACACGCUGUAGGAGCAGAAUAUUGCGUCUGGAUGGUAAAAUCAGACCUCCUAAGCGAUUUUACUUUCGACAUACUGCAAAUGGAUGUCUUUGGCGGGACACAGGAAUACCUUAAAUUAACCACAUUCAAUUACGGCUCGUCUCAUGUGCAAAAUGUGCGGGUAAACACAUUAGGGAAAUUCAAAAUUUCUGGAAAUCUUGUCAUCAUAAGUUUUCUUACGAGCAGCGCUGCACUAAUUUAUAAACGGCUAUUCGUGCUGGAGUAUAUUUCCAUGCCAGUACGAGAUAUGGACAUUUCAAACAAAAGCGUGCAAACGUGUCAGCCUGGGAUUGAGGGGGGUCAAAGUGCCCAGUUCAAACAUCCAGCGACCGAUGUGCAGUAUGCCAAUCGUGAAUUUACCGUUGUCCUUUUCACCCCGCCCAAUUGGGUUUACGACUUUAUGCAGAGUCGCUUUGAAAUAAAGACGGUCGGGUUGGACGCCUCGUGUCUUGAUACGGUUACCACGUUUUCCAUGAAUUACAACGGAUUUUAUCCAAUUUCAAGGGUUCUAUGCAAUGAGACUACUGUUCGAUAUGACAGCUCGCCUAUUUACGUGGUUGUAUUCCAGUCGGACAACGCAACUGUGGGGACAGGAUUUAGCAUCAAGUACGACUGGGGUCCAGAAAUGUAGGAGAGAUGGUGGACAUUUUGAAAAUAUUUGACGUAUCGAAAUAUUAUCAUUAUUUGACCUAUUGCUAUCAUUUAUUAUUUCAAUAUUUUAUUUGUGAAUCAUAUAAUUGUAAAUAGCUGGCUUUGCACACCGAUCGAUGAUGAUUAACCCCGGGUUUUUAAGAGUGUACAUUUUCGAGCACGGAAAUUACACCACCAUUCGUGAAACUAUUUCUUAAUAACAAACAAACUUCAAACAAAUUAUUUUUAAAGUAUUCAAAUUAUAUUGAAGGAAAGAUUUUAAAUUAAGUAAAUCCUACGCCAUAAAAAAUUCGGUAACAAUGCCAAUGCCUGGCUAUUGUUACCAGGCUGACUGUUAUUACUGCAUACGUACAUGUGACAUGCUAAUAAUUUGUCACUGGGUGCUAGUAAAGUUGCUACAAUAUAUUUGUAAAUACAACCACAGUAAAAAAAACAUAUUACCAGGGUGGUAAUGAAUUUACCAUCAGUCGAGAAUAAGUUUAUUAUCAUAUCGGUAAAGCAUGGCAUAUAUGUAGUCACCACGUGAUCAGAUUUGAUCAGAGUGAAUGUACAUAAGUAGAUAUAUGUAUGAAAUUAAACUUAAAUACUGUGUAGGGUAGUAAGAUAAUAUAACAUCAAUUUAUCAGAAGUACCGGAGAGGACAAAGUUCCUGCGUCUUCAUACUCAUACCAUUUUGGUUUCAUUGAUCCUCUCCUAGUUCAUAGGGGAUAGUUAAUAUAUUUAAUAUUUAUACAUUGGAAUAGUAUUGGUUUAAAAUAUAAACUAAAUGAUGCAACAGUAAUUGUAUUUGUGCUUCGAUUUUAAUUGUACUGGGCAAUAAAAAUCAACUUGACAAUAAAUAUUUACUAACAUUAA